GAAAUCAAACAUGGCGGCGCUUUGCAGGCUUUGCUGUCGAAAAGCAGCGAAUAUUUCUACAGUUGCCAGGGUAGUCUCAGCCCGAUACGCAACCUUUUCUGAAGAUGAUUUGCCCGGCCUCUAUCCUAAAACUCCCAAAGAGCGAGCAGCUGCGGCCAAGAAGUACGGCAUGCGUGUUGAGGACUACGAGCCAUACCCAGAUGAUGGCUUAGGAUGGGGUGACUACCCUAAGCAGCCGCCAAUCCACGAUGACGACAAAGAUCCCCAUGAAGACUGGGACUUUCCCGAGGAGAGACGAAACUUUGGCGACAAUUUGCAUAUUGAGCAGGAUGCAUUGUCUCGUUCGAAACCAGCCAAAAAUGUAUAUGAACGAAUUCCGCUGAAAAAUCAAGCACUGCUUCUAGGGUCGGUGUUAGGAACCUUUGCUGUUCUAUUUUGGCUCGGAGGGAAAUACAAGAGCUUCCAGCCUGUGAUGCCCAAACAGCUGCCGUACAAUGAUCUCUGGACAGAGCAGGGCAAUGACCCCAGCAAAGCACCCGAGCAAAGGAAACAUUAUAGCUUCUAGUGACCAUACAUUGCAAGCCCUAAGAAACUCAUGGGCAAGCACUGGGCCUAAUUUCAUGACUCUGCUUACCGCAGAAUUACGAGCUUACUGUAGUCAUUCUCCGCUCACAGCAUUGGCAUGAAAUGUCUGUGCUUGCUGUGUAAGCGAAGAAUGGCUACUGUAUUUUGUUAGCAGAGCCAUCAAAUGAGGCCCAAGUGUGUGUUUGGGGAUAUUGAGCUCCCCCAAGGGGGAGAUGAAAAAAGGUAUCUAGAUAGGUGUUUGGAGUGAAUUUGGGGUAGUUUUGUCUCUACGGGAACACUAAAAUAGGUCUGUAUCAUUGAGCAAGGACAGAAUGAAACAAGGGUAGAAAAAAAACACUCCUGUCUCUCAAGCGGGAUUUGUUGAUAGAUUACUUGGCUUAAAGGUGUCACUUUUGUUGCGUCUUUUAUCACUUUCCUUGAGAAGACAUAAUUCUUAUUCAAUCAGAAUCUCUAAGACGGUUCCAUUUGAUAUUAUUAUUCAAACACCUGUUUGUUCGUUUACCAGCUUCUUUGUGUGUUUAAGAAGCAAGCAUGCACUUUAUGUUUACACUCAAAUUUUUAUUUAUCUCUGAAUGUUUUAAAAGAAACAGUUUCAUGCUGAGAUAGUUGUUCAAAUACAGACAAUAAUAUAAUAUAAAUCAGGGAACUGAUUUUUCCAGCUGUUAGCCUCUUGCAUUGGUCUUUGUUGCUGGGUCAGUGAAAAUACUGGCGUGUACAUGCCAAGUACACUGUACAUCGUUCGGAUAGUUAGGGUUUUCCUUAGCCCUACAUAGGACUCUUCCUCUGGAGUAUAAUACGAAGGUGUGAGGCCGCCAGGGCUAUGGUUUUCCUAAGCCCGACCUUCUGGGCCCAAUUGCAUAAAGCUGUUUAGGUCUGUAUAAUUGAGUAAGUACAGAGCGAAAAACUAGCAGAAAAACUGCUUAUAAUAUCGAAUCUCUAUGCUAAGCAAAAAAUGAAUAGGCACCAGUCGCAUCAAUGUAUACUUUAUAAAAUGUUGCUGGCUGGUAACCUUUUUAUUGGGCUAAGAUAGAUUUUCCUGUGCUUAGUAGGUGUUUGUGCUCACAUGCUUUAUGAAUUUGGGCACUUGAAGGCACACUUGAAGGAUGGUGAAAAGGUCUUCCUUUGAUCUCAGGGAGGGCGCUGUUUGAGCUUGUGAGGAUCUUAAAUGCAAAGGGCUCUGUAUUGUCAGUUAAAGAGACUCGACAAUGUUUAAAUGCAUGUCUUGUGGUUUACAGGAGCAGUUGGAUACCAAGUACAUUUCACUAGGAGUCAUUAAUGUGUUUGAUUUUAUUUUAAUUGAAUGCCGAGUGCUGACAGACACUCUGGUGUUUGGAAUUUGUAAAUAAAAGAAAUAAACAAUCGAGAUUGGAUGCGUUUAGUAGA